CCUGGCCUCAAGCAAUCCUCCCACCUCAGCCUCCCAGAGUGUCAGGAUUACAGACAUGAGCCACUGCGUCUGGUCCCCAACAUCGUUUUGCUUCUCUUCCUAGCAUCCAUGUGUCAUCUCUUGACCCAUCACACCUUGGUUAAUUCACAGCUAGUCAUAAGCUAGCAGAAAGCAAGGUCCUGUCUGCUUUGCUUCCUUCUGUAUCCCAGAUAUUCAUGUCACCACCCAACCCAGACUGUGUCGAAGACAAAUCUGCUAAACUUUACCUUUCUCAGGACUCCAACUGAGAGAAGACUGACCUGCCAAGACCAGGCCCUGCCCGGCUGUGGUCCACUGGACUUACCGAAAUACUUGGAGGUGGUGCCAUCCUCCGCAUGCACCACGACCAGCCCGGGCCGCAGGACCUGCAGAGUGGGCACGUGGGCUGCCAGGAUGCCGAAGGCUCCGGUCAGCGUGGGCACAUCCACCUGCCGGACGUUGGCACCGUUGAAGAACACCUGGGGAGGAGAGCACGGGGAACCCCAUUACUGCAGGCCAACCCCCACCCCACUGCCACCGGGACUCAGUUUCUCCUGCGGUGAAACAGGCCCCUCCGCCCCACCUCAGAAUGCAGCCCACAGCCACCAUGGCCACAGCUGCUGCCACCACUGCCACCGUGGCCCUGACAACAUCGUGGGACAACACCACUGGCCGUCCCACGGCUGAGCCCGACCCCAUCUUGGACAACUAUGUGUUGCUGGUGGUGGUGAUGUCGCUGUUCGUGGGUGGCACGCUGGUGGUACUGUCCGGGGUCCUGCUCCUCUGCAAACGCUGCUGGGAGGUGCACCAGCGCUUCAACAGAGCCAUGGAAGAAGCUGAGAAGACCACUACCACCUACCUGGACAACGGCACCCACCCAGCCCAAGACCCCGACCUCAGGGGGGAGGACCCCGAGGGCCAGGACGCGGAGACGGAGCACUUCCUGUCCACCAGCUCCACCGGCCGCCGGGUCUCCUUCAACGAGGCGGCCCUGUUUGAGCAGAGCCGCAAGGCGCAAGACAAGGGCCGCCGGUACACCCUGACGGAGGGGGACUUCCAUCAUCUGAAGAAUGCCCGCCUCACCCACCUGCACCUGCCACCCCUCAAGAUUGUCACCAUCCAUGAGUGUGACUCAGGCGAGGCCAGCUUGACUGCCACCCCCCACCCGGCUGACACCCCCAAGGCCAGCCUUGCCAUCUUCCAGCCCCCGGGGAAGGCCCUCACCGGCCGCUCCGUGGGCCCCAGCUCCGCCCUGCCAGGUGACCCCUACAACUCAGCAGCGGGUGCCGCCGACUUCAUGGAGAUCAAUCCCUCUGCAUCUAGUGAUUCCGGGGAAGGCACCUCGUUGGAUGCAGGUACCAGGAGCACCAAGGCUGGUGGGCCUGGGGCUGCCACGGGUCCUGGGGAGGCAGGCCCGGGCUCGGGGGCAGGCACCGUGUUGCAGUUCUUCACCCGCCUGCGCCGCCAUGCUAGCCUGGAUGGGGCCAGCCCCUACUUCAAGGUCAAGAAAUGGAAGCUGGAGCCCAGCCAGCGGGCAGCCAGUCUGGACACCAGAGGUUCCCCCAAGCGGCACCACUUCCAGCGGCAGCGGGCAGCCAGCGAAAGCAUGGAGCAGGAGGAGGGGGACACCCCUCAUGCAGACUUCAUCCAGUAUAUCGCCCGUGCAAGCGACGCAGUGGCCUUCCCGACCCCCCGCCCCUUUCUGGCCAGCCCCACCAGCCCGCCCCCCGCUCUCGGCAGGCUAGAGGCGGCAGAGGCAGCAGCAGGAGGAGGGAGCCCCGAGUCCCCUCUGGAGCGCGGUGGAGUGGUGGGGCCAGAGCACCAGCAGCAGCAGCAGCAGCCAGACCCUGAGCUGGACGCCGAGCGGGACUCGGGCCCCGAGCAGGCCCAGACCAGCUACCGCGACCUGUGGAGCCUUCGCGCCUCGCUAGAGCUGCACGCGGCCGCCUCGGACCACAGCAGCAGCGGCAACGACCGUGACUCAGUGCGCAGCGGCGACAGCUCGGGCUCCGGGGGCGCGGCGCCCACCUUCCCGCCGCCGUCGCCACCCGCAUCACGGCCCAAGGACGGCGAGGCGCGCCGGCUGCUGCAGAUGGACAGUGGCUACGCCAGCAUCGAGGGUCGUGGCGCGGGCGACGACACCGAACUGCCCGCCGUGCCCACCCGGCCCCGCAGCCCGCGCGCCUGGCCCCGCCGUCCACGCCGUGACUAUAGCAUCGACGAGAAGACCGAUGCGCUCUUCCACGAGUUCCUGCGCCAUGACCCGCACUUCGACGAUGCACCGCCCUCCGCUGCGCGCCACCGUGCACGUGCUCACCCACACCCACGCAAGCAGUGGCAGCGCGGCCGGCAGCACAGCGACCCCGGCAUGCGCGCGGCUCCGCCCCUGGCCGGUGCCCCGACCCCCGCCGCGGCUCGCCCGGCACGUGCACCCUUGCGCCGUGGCGACAGCGUGGACGGCCCUCCCGACGGCCGCGCGCUGGGCAGCACCGGCGACGACCCCGCCAUCCCCGUCAUCGAGGAGGAGCCCGGCGGGGGCUGCCCUGGCUCGGGCCUGUGCGUCGAGCCCCCGGGGGCGCUGUUGGACAAGCUGGCAGCCGGCCUUGAGGAGAGGCUGUUUCCGCUCCGCCUUGCCGAACCCGUCGUUGCCGCGGCCCCUGCGCUGGUCGCCGCUGCCCCCACGUCUCCCGACCACAGCCCGGCCUAAGCCCCGCGCGGGGACUCGGCGGCGGGAGACACGCGGGAACACGACGCCCGGCACGCAUGCGCCAGGACCCCGAGCCCUUGGCGCACGCGCUCGGCUGCAGACACGCCCUCACCGCCCAGGGCGCACCACGCGUGCAGUUCGUGCUGGCCCCAGGACGCACGCGCACGGCCUGGGCGCCCCCCACCUCCCCCCACACCUUGCGCCCAGGAGGGGUGCGCGUGCGCAGGCCCUUGCGGGCGCUUCGCUGAAUUCUCAAGGCAUCCCCGAGGCACGAGGCCCCGGGCUGGGAAGGAAGGACAGUGACAGGUCCUCUGGGCAGAGGCACUGGUCUCUUGGGCGUGUGCGCGGGGCUGCAGCUCCCCCCCCCCAAGGACGCAAGGCGCAUGUGCGAGCCCCGGGGCUGGCACCGUGGGCUGCUAUGGGUCAGAGAGGAGCCUACCGCCCCGUAGCCGUUUACCUCACCGCAGCGUUGUGCUCGCGGCAGCCCGCGCCCCUCUGAGCAAUAACCGCGCCUGCCGCCGCCUCCUCCGGCCCUGGACGCCGGUCCUCCGGCCGCCCGGUCCCUGUCCGUCGCACCCCCGCUUCCUCGCAUGUGCCUGGUACCUCCCUGUCGCCGCAGGAACUUCCAAGACUCUUCAGUGUUUGAAACGCAAACAAAACCCAAAGGCCAAGGUGUCAAGUUUCCCAAGCUUUAUUUAUUGCCAAAAAAGGGGUGAGCCCUAGCCUGCGUCGCCCAUUCUGCCCUCGACGCUUCGUGCCCAGUCUGUACCAUCCAGUGAUGGAGUUUCUCGUUGUGUUUUUGUUUUCUGGUUGAUUAUAAAUAUUUACUGCAUA